AUGUCUCAUAGAAACACUCUGCUACUUGGAUUUGGGCUAAUUUUGGCCUCUUUAUUGCUCCAAUGCCAAGAAAUUCAAGGGAAAGAAUUCUUGGUCGGGGAUGACAAAGGCUGGAGCCCCUAUCCCGGCUUAUCUGACUGGCCAAACGGCAAGACCUUCACCCCCGGAGAUAUCUUGGUUUUCAAGCACAACAAUGCAAAUGCUUCUGUACGAUGGUGGGAUGAUGAAAUCAAAUAUAAGGAAUAUCCGGAUAUUUGUUACGCAAAAUGUGACAAUUUUUUGUGUCCUAACUACAAAGAUUUCAACUCGGGAAAUGACAAUAUUGUAUUAAAAGAAGGAAAGAACUACUUCGUUUCGCCCGACCACGAUCGUUGCGAUCAAGGAUUUAAGAUCAAAGUUUGUGCUGAGUUCAAUGGCAAAAGAGCAAGCUGUAAUUAA